AUGAACAAAUCAAAUCACCCUUAUCAUAUAGUUUCAAUCAGCCCAUGACCUCUAAUUCUAUCAAUUAAUAUCAUAUUAUUCCUUAUUAGAUUAAUUAAAUGAUUCUAUUUCAUAAAUAUUAAUUUAAUAAUUAUAUCUUCAAUUUCUUUAAUCUUAACUUUAAUUCAAUGAUGACGUGAUAUUAUUCGAGAAAGAACAUUCCAAGGUAUACAUACAUCUAAUAUUAUAAAAAAUCUAAAAUUAAGAAUAAUCUUAUUUAUCACAUCUGAGAUUUUUUUUUUCAUCUCCUUAUUUUGAGCAUACUUCCACUCUUCUUUAUCUCCUAGAAUCGAAAUUGGAAUAAUAUGACCUCCAAAAAAUAUUAUUAUAUUUAAUCCUUAUGAUAUUCCUCUAUUAAAUUCUAUUAUCUUAAUUACAUCAGGAAUCACAAUUACCUGAUCUCAUAACUCUCUCCUCAAUAAAAAAAAUAAAAUAGCCCUCUUCACUUUAUUAUACACAAUUUAUUUAAGAUUUAUAUUUACUAUAUGUCAAUAUUUUGAAUAUAAAAGAGCUUCUUUUACUAUCGCUGAUUCAAUCUUUGGAUCAAUUUUCUUUAUAACUACUGGAUUCCACGGAAUUCAUGUAAUUAUUGGCACAAUUUUUCUUAUUGUAUGUAUAUUUCGUAUAAUUUUUAAUCAUUUUUCUAGGAAUCAUCACUUUGGAUUUGAAGCUGCUAUCUGAUACUGACAUUUUGUAGAUAUUGUCUGAUUAUUUGUAUAUACAUGACUUUACUGAUGAUCUUUUU